AUGUGUCCCGCAUUAUGGCGACUGGCUGGCUGUCCGCUGGUUGGCGGCGGCGGCGGCGGCGGUGGCCUGUCACUGAGGCUCUGGAGUUUGGAGUUUUGGACAGCUUAUUGCCAACCAGUCAAGAUAUUCUGGAAACUGGAUACACCCGUAACACCCAAUUCAAAGACCGACAACAAGGAAGGGAUCGGGGACCGCUGGAUUCCCACGCGUUCGGGGUUCCCAAAUGUGGACGGCGUCUCAUUGUCCAAUGCCUAUGCAGGUCGCCUGCAGGUGGUCUGGGAAUGGCGUGGUCGGUCCGACGUUGGAACUUGGGGACGCGAGCCAGGACGCUUGGGGUUUGUGGAGAUUGCCUGA